AUGUCAUUUGACCAGCUCUCGUCUCUCGAGGCCGGCCACGGCGGCGAGAGCGGCGCCUACAGCGACGACCCGGGGUUUAAACAAUUGCUGCGCGAACUCCGGACGAAACUCAGCGACUUGGAACGAAACGUUUUGAAGCUCAGAACCGAUGUGAACCUCCUAGGGACAAGGCGCGAUACCGCUCGUGUCCGUGAACGAGUGCACGACUUCCUAGAAAAAUCUAGGGAUUCCUGUUUGUCGAUCGGCGAGGGCGUCAAGAAGCUUCAAACCUGGGACGACCUUUCGAAACAACAAAAGUAUGAGCGCAAUAAGAUCUCGGCCGAGUUCCAAGACGCCUUCAAAGAGUUCCAGGACCUACAGAGAACCGCCCUCGAGAAACAACGAGCAUCCGUUAGCGCCGCGCGAGCAGCCCACGAAUCGGAAACCGCCGGUGAACACAUCUCUACCAGCCCCCAAGAACAACAACUGCAGCAGCAAGAACUCUCGAGCCUCGCCGCUCAAGACGAGGUCGAUUUCCACGAAGCCCUCAUCAUCGAACGAGAGGAGGAGAUCCGAAACAUCGAGCAGGGUGUUGGCGACCUCAACGUGCUUUUCCGACAAGUAGCCCAGAUUGUUAGCGAGCAGGGUGAACAGCUCAACACCAUCGCGGACAAUGUCGAGGUCACUAGGGAUGACACGCGGGGCGCCAUGGUGGAACUCACUCAAGCAUCUCGAUAUCAGAAGGCAGCGAGAAACAAGAGCUGCUGCCUGCUCAUCAUUGUUGCUGUUAUCUUGACGAUUGUGCUGCUGGCGAUAUUUUUGGAUUGA